CGCCGCGGCCGGCUUUCGAACUGGCGUUCAUAAUUUAUUUAUUAUUUAAUAUUUAUUUAUUUAUUUAUUAUUUAUAUUAUUUUCUAAUCGCCAUGUUGAAAGUUUUUACUGUACUGUUUUUUGUCUUGGCAGCAGUCUUCAGUCAGCAGCCCACAGACUACUACCAUCAGCUCCACCUACCUCAUGAUCCCCCUCUGCAUCCAGUGCUGGCGGUCGCUCCCCCGACCAGCUUCACCUGCCAUGGGAGGACCAGGGGGUAUUAUGCUGAUGUCCAAAGUGGGUGCCAGGCGUUCCACUACUGCUGGCGACAACAUUUGGUGAGCACGGAGUUAUGUGCUAACGGUACUCUCUUUAAUGAGCAGUUUCAAGUUUGCGAUCAUUUCUACAACGUGCGCUGUGGAUCUCCCUACGAAGAUUUGUAAAUUAUUCUUAUUAUUAAGUAAAUAAUUAAC